AUGCAGCUGGAUGAACACAUGCAGCUGGAGAAACACAUGCAGCUGGAGGAACACAUGCAGCUGGAUGAACACAUGCAGCUGGAGGAACACAUGCAGCUGGAUGAACACAUGCAGCUGGAGGAACACAUGCAGCUGGAGGAACACAUGCAGCUGGAUGAACACAUGCAGCUGGAGGAACACAUGCAGCUGGAGGAACACAUGCAGCUGGAGGAACACAUGCAGCUGGAUGAACACAUGCAGCUGGAGGAACACAUGCAGCUGGAGGAACACAUGCAGCUGGAGGAACACAUGAACACAUGCAGCUGGAGGAACACAUGA